AUGAAACGAGGGAAAGGGAACAAGAAACAUAAGAGGCGUACAACAGUACACUGCACCACAUCAAUGGUUAGAAGUGUCGAGCAAAUGAAACUAAAUCUCAUCUUAGAGUGGUUAAAUAAAGCCCUUCGUCCCAAGUUCAUAAAUUGUGUAGACACUAAGACAGGCACAAACUCAUCACGCACCUUCUGUAGAGUCAGCAAAAAGAAACCUACUUUCACUUCCACCAAGUUUGUUGACAGCCUCUACAAAAGACUCGUGAAGUUCUGGGGUCCAACGCAUGCGCUGCUUUCCAGCAGAACAACUACUAGGUACAAAAUGAACAGAAGAACCGAUAUUCAAGGGUCAAUUUUUCAAAUAUUUAAAGUUAGCUCUGAGACGCAUCCAAAUAGACUUAACCUCAAUCUUUACCUGUGGAUCAGCAGCAUUUGCAUCAGCAAGAAUCUGACUCCAAUCAGAAGUCAAAGCAUCAUUAUCACCUAUAAGUUGAUCAGCCCAAUCCUGCCAGUCAUUUGGUUUUUCGAGAUCCUCAGCAAGUUGACUACUCGGGACGGGAUUGACUUUCUUGCUGUUGGGCAGAGGAAAAAAGAAAAUCAUUGGAAAAUCGGGAGGAUGAAGAAAAUAUAUGGCCAGCAACCCCGUUGUUGGAAGGAAAAGAUGAGUCGAGUCUCUUCUCGAGGUGAACAUGCUGGGAUUGGGAGUAAUUGGGAAAAUCUCUCUCUAGAGAAGUCGGGAAAACAGGCAAUGCAGGAAGUUGAGCUCCAGAGGCCCCACAAUUAUCCAGCUGUCUUCCACCUGGCCUCUGAAUGGAUAAAGCUCGUUUUGUUUCCAUCCUCAGCUGGUGUUUAA